AUGUCGAUUGGAAAGAUUGAAGCGUUUGACGAAACGAACGACAAUUGGAACGCCUAUGUGGAACGUAUAGAGCAAUACUUCAUCGCCAACGAAAUCAAGGACAACAAGCAAGUGGCCGUAAUGCUAAGCUUAAUGGGAAACAAAACGUAUGGAUCACUAAGCAAUUUGGCCGCCCCAGCCAAGCCAUCCAGCCUGUCUUUCAAGACUAUCGUAGAAACACUACAGAAGCAUCUCUCACCGAGACCACUGCUCAUAGCAGAGCGAUUCCGCUUUCACAAAAGGAACCAACUCGAAGGUGAAACCGUAAGUUCUUACCUUGCUGAAUUAAAGAAAUUGUCACUGUAUUGUGAAUUCGGAACUAACUUGGAUGACGCGUCAAGAGAUAGACUAAUGUGUGGACUACACAAUGAACUUAUCCAGAAACGGCUGCCCUCCGAGCCAGAUUUGUCAUUGGCCAAAGCGUCAGAAAUUGCCUUAGCAAUGGAAGCGGCAGCGAAAGACACACUAGAAUUGCAGGGUAACAUUAAUAAAGAGUCUUAA